CCAUAAUUCCCCAUUGACUUGAUAUUAGUUCCAGGUUCCAACUUUUCCAAAAUUUUCGUUGGGCUGAACGCUUUCCACUAGCUACAGACAAAGCAACAGCUGACCAAGUGUACUAAACAUUAGUUUAGAGGUGUAUAGAUGAUAUACAAACGCUAAAGAAAGAAGUCAGAUGUUCAGUAUGUGACGAGGAAGCAAGUGGUCAUUAUUUUGGUGCCAUUGUCUGUCUACCAUGCAAGAGCUUUUUUAUACGCUGUACUAAGGACGGGGAGCCCCAGUUUACGUCUACAUGUGACAAAAAUUGCAAUGUCUUUAAGAACAGCAGAAUAAAAUGUCAACAGUGUCGGUAUAAAAGAUGUGUACUAUCAGGAAUGAAAAGAAACGAAAAGCCAGAUUUUUUAUCACCGAAAGAAGGUCGAUGUUUGUGUCUAGUUUGUGGAGAUUUAGCUAAUGGCAUCCAUUUUGGCGUUCACACUUGUGAAGGAUGCAAGAAGUUUUUUCGUCGUUGUCUUUUGGAAAAUUCAACUCUGGUAUGCAAAGACAAGAGAACCUGUCCGAUAAACCCAAAGACUAGAAAUACGUGUCGUUUAUGUCGAUAUAUGAAGUGUGUAAGAGUUGGCAUGUCACGAAGUGCUAUCAAGAUGGGUCGCCCGCACAAAUAUCCACGGUUUUCAGUUAGAAAUAAGACUGUAAGUAAGGCUGAAGAUGAAAAGUGGAUAAAAGAUUUAUUGGAACCGAGAAUAUACAAUGAUGCAAACAAUGGACAUAGAAAUGAGGCGCGUGAUGUUUCUUAUUGUGUGGAAAACGUUCAAAAUGUACGUGACCCUAUCGGAAAUGAACACAUUGCUAAUGACAUUGGAAUGCCACGAACGUUAUCAUCCACAAUAGAAUCAUCUACAAAUACAGCAGCUGGCGUUUAUGGGGAUUUACCAUCUUUUUUUACUGUAGAACUAGAUCAACAAUACCAGAAUGAUAACCCAAAUUACUACCCGUUACAGUCUACUCUUCGAACCAGAUCAAUGGAUAAUAUCCAUUAUAAUAUGUCAAGAAAUAACGAGGGUUGGCAUAUACCAACUUCGAACAAUUUUAAUAAUGAGCAACACAAUUUGUGGCCAGUUUUGGAAGAAAACUGUACCCAGUUAUACAAAUCAGCUGAUUUUGUGUCUAUGCCGGAUUUGAGAUAUGUGGCAACCAGUCCAUCAAAGUCGAAUAUAAAUGUUCCAAAGAAUGCUUACCAGGCCUUUGGCUACUUUACUGAAUCGACGUCUUCUUCAAAGGAAUGGCGGCGCACCAUUACCAACAAUAUUAAUGAAGAUCAAAACCUUUUAUCGCACGAUUCAGAACAAUUAAAUACUAAUGCUAGGAGAAUGAAAAGUCAGAUUACAGAUAUUCCAGAUACAUUUUUUGAAAGCCUAAUUACACCCCAACCAUUUCCAGGCAAGGUACCACUUCGUGAAUUUCAACCUGUUUACCCUAAAUUCCAGAAAAAUAACUUAUGCAAAACGCCUGGAAUAAUGUGUGAUCAACUAAAUUUACACACCAAAUUCCCGACUUUUAAUUCAACAAAAGAUGCGCAAAACAUGAUAAACGCUGAUAGUUAUAAACAACUUCCUAGAUUUGAUGUCUCCGAAGAACCCAAUUCUUUUGACAAACUGGAUUUUAAUUUUGAUAUCUGGGGCUGGAGUUGAUACACGGAUAUCCUGACUUGAUUGUUCUUAUCUACAUGCACAUUAUUACGGUUUAACAUAGCUGUUAAUUCUACCCCUUGAAGAUAUGUUCACUCGGACGGACGUAGUUGGGUCGAACAGCUCAGAGUAUUGUAUCUGAAAUUAUAUUUGAAAUUAUAAAGAUAAAUUAAAUUGUAGACCCAAAUUGCAUGGUAAACCAAUAGUAAAAUCAUUAUUAACAGAGCGCCAACCACGGAGCCAGGCUUUGCUAUCGCGGAGUCUCCAUUCAUUAUGUUGUAAAUGUAAUAUAAUAGUGGCUUUGUAUAUUGUCAAACAAGUUUCCUUUGAAAUAUCUAAAGAUACGGGGAGUUUUGGUAACUGAUAUAUUUUAGUAUCGCUACUGUCAAGGAAAUAUAUCAUUAAAUGUGAAAGAACAAACAA